CCUCCACCACUGCUCUUACCAUACCUUUUUCUGUCAGACCUCGUGAACUUCCUAGGAGGGUGAUUGCGCUAUCAGCACGGUGAUGUUGAGUCACAAUGUCUCGCUCGCUGGCCAAUCAGUAGCAUCGAUGAGUUCGCGCCGUGCUCAAGCUGCCGCAAGCUCUUCAAGAUGGGCCGCAUCCUUGUCGCAGCGGAGACUCCCUCUGGCUCCGACCGCAAAGAGGGCGAUUGCAGCAUCAUCAUAUACAUGCAUCACUGGGGCUUCACGUUACUGCUCUUCCACUCGGCUCUUCUCAACGUCUCUCUGUCGCGGCUCCUCUUCACCGACUCCCAUCUCUGCCAUCCGGAAUAUAUCCGCUUGGGGCCACAUCGAUGCAGGCAAGACAACUCUGACCGAGCGCCUUCUCUACCACACCGGUGGCUCCCUGUCUUCUUCCGAAACCUCUACUCGCUCACCAUCAUUGCCUGGAGACGUAGAUGCUGGCUCGACGGUGACGGACUUCCUGGAGCAGGAGAGGGAGAGGGGCAUCACUAUCCAGUCUGCAGCGGUGGGGCCACUGUGGUGGAAAUCUCCCGCAACGCAGCAAUCCGGUGCCAUCACACUCGUCGACACACCGGGACACAUCGACUUCACAAUCGAGGUCGAGAGGGCACUGAGAGUCGCAGACGGAUGCAUCGUCGUCAUGGACAGCGUGGAAGGCGUCGAAGCUCAGACCGAGACAAACUGGCGAAUCGGCAAGCGGUACGGGGUGCGCUCCAACCUUCUCUUCCUCAACAAGCUGGACAGGAUGGGCGCAUCUGUUGCCAAGUCGCUCAGGAGCUUCGUGCAGAAGGGCUUGCAUUCUCGACCGGUGUUGCUGCAGCUACCCCUCUUUGCUCGCAGCGAGGGCGUGGCUGACGAGGGCAGGGUCGAGGGUGUGGUGGAUCUAGUCGAGAUGAAGGAGAUCAGGUUCGAGGGGAGAGCCGGGGAAGAGUUGAUCACAAAGGAGCUCAGCGAACCCGCUUCCAUCGGAGAGUCCACUCGGGCUCGUCAUGCCUUAGUGGAAACCAUCGCUUCGCUCGACGAGAAGCUGAUGGAGGAGCUCUUCUCCAUCGAUGGCGACAACCCUCACGCCAAGAUCUCAGCUCCAUCCUUGCGAGCAUCGAUUCGUCGACUGACCAUUGCAGGCAAAGUUGUACCAACCUUCUGUGGCUCUGCCGCCAAGAACAUUGGCGUCCAGCCUCUUCUGGACGGCGUGGUAGACUAUCUCCCUGCACCGAACGAGGCUGGCGACGUGAGGGAUGAGUUCGGCAUGGGCGAUGGCACCGUAGAGGGAAAGAGCAUGGCAAUGCUUUCGAGCAGCAGGAGUAGUGGCAAGGGAGGUAAGACAUCGCCCGCCCCUGUCAAAGCAUCUCCUUCUCGCUCUGCCGCAAGCAAGAGCAGUACGGCAGCCGCGAGCCAGGACGGCCCACGAGGCGCUGACGAGCUCAAUGAAGGGGACGACCUCUCCACAACGCUGGUCUCGAUCAACUCUCCUUCCCUGACUUGCCUCGCUUUCAAAGUGGUCUACGACAAGCGACGGGGACCCCUGACUUUUGUCCGCGUCUACUCUGGUCAGAUCACCCGAUCUACAACUCUCUUCAAUACCUCUACUCAGACAAAGGAGCGUCUCAGUCGGAUCCUCCUACCCUUUGGCGGCACAUACAACGAGGUAGAUCGGAUAGGUCCCGGUCAAGUGGGUGUCGUUCUCGGUCUGCGAGACACAAAGACCGGCGACACCCUCGUUGAGUCUGGCUCUGGCUCUGGCAGCAAGACGCGGGAUGACCUCCAAUCCCUCCGUCUGAGAACCGUCGAUGUGCCCCCGCCAGUAUUCAGCGUCAGCGUCGAGCCGCACUCCAAGUCGGACGAAGAUAGCGUCAAUGAGGCGUUGGCCAUGCUGGUGCGGACGGAUCCUUCACUGCGCCUCGACGGAGGAGAGCAUGGCUCCAAGGAGGAGGGUUUCGGCUCAGCAGGGACGGACAAUCAGAUGAUUCUGAGUGGGAUGGGAGAGCUUCAUCUCGAGAUUGCCAAGGAUCGGCUGAAGAACGAAUUUGGUGUCAAGGCACGAAUCGGCAGUGUAAGGGUUUCAUAUCGAGAGACGCUCGCCGGCAGCGAUAGUGCUCAGGAAGAGUGGAGCACGGUAGAGGAAACGGUCGAGCGGGACAUGGGCGGCAAGAAGGUGAAGGUCGGUGCGAAGAUCAGGAUUCGCAGUCUCCCCGAGGGCGUAGAGGGGGAUGCAGCUCUUGGCGGGAAUCUCAUCAAGGUAGAUCUUGCUCGAGGAGGAGGAGAUGAAGAUGUGCUAGGCACACACGAGAGCAAAUCUGCUCUCAAGCGAAAAGAGAAGGAGACAGGAAGACGACAGGGCCACCAUCCUUCGAAUCGAAGUGGCGCUGCAAUCCAAGAGCACGAAGAAGGCUCCGGCAGCGGCCAGGAAACUUCCUCCUCCUCGGCAGCCGCUGCGGGUCUCUCCCCUCAAGCUCUUCACGCGCACAUCCUCUCAGGGUUGACUGCCUCCCUCUCCCGCGGACCUCUCUCCUCCCACCCCCUCACAGGUCUCGAAGUGCAUCUCUCCUCCCUCCAAACCUUCUCCUCCGACCUCUCCCCGCCACGAGCAAUCUCUGCCAUUGUAGGUUGGCUGACACGCAAGGCUCUCAAAGAACAGGGAAGAGUGAGGAUGAUGGAGCCUGUUAUGCGGGUGAAGAUUGAGUGUCGAGAGGGCUCACUGGGGAGGGUAGUUGGGGAUAUCACCUCCGAGCAAGGAGGUGAGGUGGUGGAAGUCGUGCAUGAGACUGCUGCAGGACAUGGUGGGGGAGAGGGAGAGGGCGAAGAGUCGGAAGAGGUGCAAAUCUACCUCCCCCCCGAGCCAGAACAGAACGGCGGUACCUCCUCAGUUGCAGGUGCAGGUGCAGGUGCAGGCAUAGGAAACGAGGGCGGUGCCUCGCCUUCCUCUACGCAGAAGACGUCCAUUGAAGCGCGGAUCCCUCUGAGUAAACUGGUGAGCUACUCUUCUCGCUUAAGAGCCCUCACGGCGGGUGCGGGGACGUACACUAUGGCACUUGAAGGGUUCAGAGUGGUGGGUGAGGAGAGACAGAGGGAGAUUCUUGCUGAAUUGGGCAGAGUUUGAGGGUGGAAAAACAAAAGGGCGGAGAGGCAGAAGGAGCAGGGAGAGGGAAGGGUUGGGGACGAUUGGGAUUGAUGGCGCCUGAACGCAGCGCAGCGCUUGUGUAUAGUACAAUUUCACCAUUCAAUAGAAGCGAGUUCU